AUGAGUGUCAAUUCCUCCACCACCGAAGACGGCUCCAUCACAGCCACUGAAGUCCAACCUCCCCCAGCCUUAAUCGACAAACCCCGUCUCGAAAAGACCACCACAACAACACAAUGGCAUCUCGCCCCCGAACUCCAAGCCAUGCGCGACGCCGACGAAGAAAUCGGCCAGAAACCCCGCAAACUCGGCGUCACCUGGCAGAACCUCACCGUCAAAGGCAUAGGCAGCGAUGCAGCCUUUAACGAAAACGUCGUCUCCCAGUUCUAUCCUUUCCAUCAGAGCGCUAAAGAUGCGCCUAUGAAGACUAUCAUUGAUGGUUCGCACGGUUGUGUCAAGCCUGGUGAGAUGUUGCUUGUUCUUGGACGGCCUGGGAGUGGAUGUACCACGCUCUUGAGUGUUCUUGCGAAUAAUCGUCGUGGUUACGAGGAGGUUUCUGGCGAUGUGCAUUACGGUAACAUGUCCGCUGAAGAAGCGAAGGCCUAUCGUGGCCAAAUCAUAAUGAACACUGAAGAAGAGAUCUUCUUCCCCAGCCUGACAGUCGAAGCAACCGUCGAUUUCGCCGCGCGCAUGAAAGUCCCCUUCCAUCUUCCCCUCGGGAUAAAGACCCGCGAAGAAUACGCCCAGUUCUACAAAGACUUCCUCCUCCGCUCCGUCAACAUAUCCCACACAAAGCAUACAAAAGUCGGCGAUGCUUUCAUCCGCGGUGUAUCAGGCGGCGAGCGAAAACGCGUGUCUAUCGUGGAGUGUCUUACUACGCGAGGCAGUGUGUUUUGCUGGGAUAACUCUACGCGCGGCCUCGAUGCGAGCACAGCGUUAGAAUGGGUCAGGGCUAUACGCGCCAUGACGGACAUUCUGGGCCUGACCACUAUUGUCACGCUGUAUCAGGCUGGCAAUGGGAUUUACGAGCAUUUUGACAAGGUUCUUGUUCUUGAUGAGGGGAAGCAGAUCUUCUAUGGCCCGCAGAAGGAUGCUGUUCCGUUUAUGGAAGAUCUUGGCUUCGUGAGGGAUUCGGGUUCGAAUAGAGGAGAUUUCCUGACUGGAGUCACUGUUCCGACGGAGAGGCGUGUUGCGCCUGGGUAUGAGAAUACCUUUCCCCGUGACGCAGAUGGUGUCCGCGCAGCUUACGACAGAUCGUCCAUCAAAGCUCGCAUGGUCGAGGAAUGUCAGGCAUACCCCAUCAGCACCGAAGCAGCCCAGAACACAACAAUCUUCAAAGAGAUGGUAACCCGUGAGAAGCAGCGCUACGUCUCCGCCUCCUCCCCCGUCACCGCGAACCUCGCCAUGCAGAUACAAGCCGCUGUUACGAGGCAGUAUCAGAUCAUGUGGGGUGACAAGUCCACGCUCUUCAUGAAGCAGGGCGCGACUCUCAUCCAGGCGUUCCUUGGUGGAUCGUUGUUUUACUCUGCGCCGGAUAACUCGGCUGGUCUCUUCCUCAAAGGCGGUGCUUUGUUCUUCUCGAUUCUGUACAAUGCCUUGUUGGCGUUGUCGGAAGUCACGGAUUCUUUUACUGGACGACCUAUCCUUGCGAAGCAUCGCUCCUUUGCACUAUAUGAUCCUGCGGCUGUCUGCAUCGCCCAAGUCGUCGCUGAUCUACCCAUCCUCGCGUUUCAGGUCAUUCAGUUUGGUCUUGUUCUUUACUUCCUUGUCGGUCUCAAGACCACGGCUGGUGCCUUCUUUACGUACCUCGUCACCAACUACGUUACCGCUCUGUCAAUGACGGCCUUCUUCCGCUUUAUCGGUGCUGCGUUCCCAACCUUUGAUGCAGCUACCAAGGUCUCUGGUCUUUCUAUCGUCGCGCUGUUUGUCUACAUGGGAUACAUGAUCAUCAAGCCCGAGAUGCAUCCCUGGCUGUCUUGGAUCUUCUGGAUCAACCCCAUGGCUUACGGCUUUGAAGCUCUUCUUGGGAAUGAGUUUCACGACCAAGAGAUUCCAUGUGUCGGACCGUAUCUCAUUCCCAACGGCCCCGGUUAUGUCGGAAGCAAUGGAGGACAAGCGUGUUCUGGAGUUGGAGGCGCUGAACCCGGAGCUGCAUUUGUCACGGGCGACGCUUACCUCUCGAGCAUGUCAUUCAGUCACAGCCACAUCUGGCGCAACUUCGGCAUCAACUGCGCCUGGUGGAUCUUAUUCGUUGGUCUCACCAUCUUCUUCACAUCGCGAUGGAAGCAAGUUGGCGAGGGAAGUCGCAGCCUCCUCAUUCCUCGGGAACAACAGCACAAGUCUAAGCAUCUUCUCCCCUCCAAGGACAAUGAGACACCAACGGAGAAAACACGUGCUGAGAACGGAGCUGGAGCUUCUGAUGGUGAAGUUGACACGAACCUCAUGCGCAACAAGAGCAUAUUCACCUGGAAGAACUUGACCUAUACCGUCAAAACGUCAGACGGUGACCGUGUCCUCCUCGAUAACGUGCAGGGUUACGUCAAACCUGGCAUGCUCGGCGCAUUGAUGGGUUCUUCAGGAGCUGGCAAAACAACACUUCUCGACGUCCUCGCCCAGCGCAAAACCGAAGGAUCAAUCCACGGAUCAGUCUUAGUCGACGGCCGACCUAUUCCCGUGUCCUUCCAACGAUCAGCUGGGUAUGUCGAACAACUCGAUAUCCACGAGCCCUUGGCAACCGUUCGCGAAGCUCUCGAAUUCUCAGCCCUGUUACGUCAGUCUCGCGAUGUACCCACCGAAGAGAAGUUGCGCUACGUCGAUACCAUCGUCGAUCUCCUGGAGCUGAACGAUCUUGAACAUACACUUGUCGGUCGUCCCGGAAAUGGGUUGUCAAUCGAACAGCGAAAACGCCUUACUAUUGCUGUUGAGUUGGUUGCGAAGCCUAGUAUUCUCAUCUUUCUCGAUGAACCGACGUCUGGACUUGAUGGGCAGGCCGCUUACAACACGGUGCGCUUCCUUCGAAAACUCUCGGCUGCUGGACAGGCUAUUCUCGUGACGAUUCAUCAACCAUCUGCCCAGUUGUUUGCGCAGUUCGAUACGCUGUUGCUACUUACCAAAGGCGGAAAGACUGUUUAUUUCGGCGAUAUUGGCGAUAACGCAGCUACCAUUAAGCAGUAUUUCGGCCGUUAUGGCGCCCCAUGUCCACCUGAAGCUAAUCCCGCUGAACACAUGAUCGACGUUGUGUCCGGUGAGGAUGGCCCGUACAAGGACACGGACUGGAACCGGGUUUGGCUAGAGUCGCCAGAACAUGACCAACUCAGCAAGGAUCUGAACCACAUGAUCUCAGCAGCAGCAUCUCAACCAUCAAGCACCAACGACGACGGCAACGAAUUUGCGGCAUCGAUGUGGACGCAAGUCAAGCUCGUAACGCACCGGAUGAACGUCUCCCUCUUCCGAAACACAGAGUACGUCGACAACAAAUUCGCCAUGCACAUCAGCCUCGCGCUCCUCAACGGGUUUACGUUCUGGAUGAUCGGUGAUAGUCUGACAGACCUCCAGCAGAACUUGUUUACCGUGUUCAACUUUAUCUUUAUCGCGCCGGGUAUCAUUGCACAGUUACAGCCGCUGUUUAUUGAUCGGAGGGAUAUUUAUGAGGCGAGGGAGAAGAAGAGCAAGAUGUAUCACUGGGCGCCGUUCGUUACUGGGUUGAUUGUUUCGGAGGUGCCGUAUUUGCUGGUUUGUGCGGUGUUGUAUUAUGUUUGUUGGUACUUCACUGCUGGGCUGCCGACUGGGGCUGGACAUGCAGGUAGUGUCUUCUUUGUCGUGGUCAUGUAUGAAGGCUUGUACACUGGCAUUGGUCAGAUGAUUGCUGCGUAUACUCCUAACGCUGUCUUUGCGUCGCUCGUCAACCCUCUGGUCAUUACAACUCUUGUCUCGUUCUGUGGUGUUAUGAUCCCUUACAGUCAGAUUGUAUCAUUCUGGCGAUACUGGAUGUACUACAUUGACCCCUUCAACUACCUCAUGAGCUCGCUCCUCAUGUUCACAACAUGGGACAAGCCCGUCCACUGCAAACCCCACGAACUCGCCGUCUUCGACCCUCCGCCAAAUACCACCUGUGGCGAAUACCUUUCCGAUUAUCAGAGUGGUAUGGGCAAGGCCACCAACCUCCUCAACCCGGAUGACACCGCCUCUUGCCAGGUUUGUCAGUACACCUCUGGUGAGGACUUCCUUCGAACAUUGAACCUCAAGGAAGAGUACUACGGUUGGAGGAAUGCUGGCAUUGUUGUUGUAUUUGUGAUUGGUAUCUAUGGACUUGUCUAUCUCAUGAUGAAACUCAGGACUAAGGCAACCAAGAAGGCGGAGUCUUAA